GUGUGACGAGUGCGGUAAUAGACCGCACAAAAGUUGGGUUUCAGUACGCAAGCGGUUUCAUUAUGGAGGCCGGUGUCUUCGCGAUGGCAUUGUGGACUUUGGAUGGCAUAGAAAGAGACAAGUGUGGACCGUCAGCGACGACAUGGAAGAGAUGUUUGCUUGUUUUGCACGAGUUUGACGAAGGGUUUUGCGCUCUCGAGCGUUUUGAAGGCGUUCAGGAUGUGCAAGAGCACACCAAUGCGGAUGGUCGAAAGAAAAAAGGUAAACCACAAAAUUUUCGACAGGGAGAUGUCGUUUUCACUCCGCUCGAUGUGAGAUCUCAUGGGAUCGAUAUCGAAAGGGACACCACCGCUCUUGCCUCUCCCGUGGAGGUUCUAUUCGUGGGUCACACAAUCAUGCUAUCCUCAUAG